GUUUUCUCUCAGGCCUCUAGUUUUGCUUGGUAGAGGUUUUCUUGAUUUAUGUUUCACCCAUACAGUGAUCCACAGGGUGGACUCUAGACCCCAGAGAGCUAAAUAUUUAACAACCAAGGGGCAAAGGUGAGCCUUCCAGGGCGCCCGUGAGGGGGAUGAUCCUCAGAGCAAACCUCUGGCAACGCCAAGGAUGCAUGGCCUGUGGUCCUUUCUUCUCUGCUUCUAUGGGAUCCUUGUGGACAUCUUCUCCGUCUGCGAGAGACCCGUAAAACUGCAUGCGGAUGACCUGAACCGAGAACAGUAUCUUGGCAGAUGGCUGUUCAUAGCCGCCGCUUCGUCAUCGCGUGCCUCACUGGAGACAUUCACCAGCACUGACAGCACUGCGUUUAGCAUGACUCAGAGCGACCGGCCAGAGCGGCUGCAACUACAGGCAGCCAUCCGACUGAAGUCAGGCCACUGCUUCCACAAAUCAUGGGUUUAUUUGCUUAAGGAACAGAGCCCUGAUCUGUUUACAGAAGGGAGGCCCCUCAUGAGGACAGAGCUGUUCUCGGGCAAGUGUCCUGACUGCAUCAUUGUCCAGGAAACAGACCAAGACUAUCAGAGGAUCCUUCUGUACUCCCGGGUCCUCCAUCCUGCUGAAGACUGUAUCUCGGAUUUCAAGAACAAAGCUUCCUGUCUUGACAUGGAUGAAUUUCUGCUGAUACCCAGAACCCAAGGUGCCUGUGAAUUCCAGGAAUCCUGACCGUCUAACUCUGGGCUCGAGAUCCACCGUGACUGGAAUUAAUCAUCAUGGAUAUUUAUCUGUCUCAGUCAGAGAAUCGAUUGCUUCACAUAUGGCAUUAAACAAAAUUCCUUUUCUGGUA